UUUAACUAUUAUUAAAAUCCAUUGACUAAAAAGAAUUAGUAAAAGUUUGUCUCUAUCUUAUUUUUAUUUAAUUUCUACGCACAAGUGACGGAAGUUUUUUGUUCACCAUUUCACUUGUAUGCAUACUAAACGCGUGGUCCGUCUAAUUUGACGGUGACGGUGACGGUGACGGUGACGCCACCUAAGCCCUUCCGCCGCUCGACGUCGGCGGCAAUUAACACCGCCGCAUUCAUUCAUCGGCAUCGCCGCCACCGAUGAAGCAGAAAACAUGGCCGUGCAAAUCGGACAGCCUCCACUUUUCAGCCAUCCCGUUCCUCAGAAAACCGAGUGGCGAUUCUCCCUCCUCUGCUUUCACAAAACCCGCCAAAACCCACCUCUCAUUCUUCAAUUCCUCCCGGAGAGCCGCUCCGCCGGCGACGUCGGCGUCGGCGUUCCCCUACUCGUGCUCCGAUUUGUCCGCGCUACCGUACGACGUCAUUUCGAGAAUCGCGGCGUCCUUCUCGAUGCCCAACCUGAUGGCGGCUUCGCUCGUCUGCAGGGCGUGGGCGGACGCGCUGAAACCCUUGCGUGAGGCGAUGGUUUUCCUCAAAUGGGGGAAGAGGUUCAAGCACGGCCGCGGUGGAAUGAAGGCGAAUUUGAGCAAGGCUCUGGAUUCCUUUCUGAAGGGGGCGGCGCGUGGGUCCACGCUCGCGAUGGUAGAUGCGGGUUUGAUCUACUGGGAAAUGGGGAAAAGGGAGGAAGGAAUCCUCUGGUACCGGAGGGCGGCUGAGCUCGGCGAUCCCUCCGGACAGUGUAAUUUAGCUAUUUCAUGUUUACAAGCUAAUCCUUCAAACACCAAAGAAGCACUCGAAUGGUUGUACCGGGCUUCUUUCACGGGCCAUGUUCGUGCUCAAUACCAACUUGCUCUUUGUUUACAUCAAGGUCGAGUUACCGGACAAAGCCUCCAAGAAGCGGCUCGUUGGUACCUAAGAGCUGCCGAAGGAGGAUAUGUUCGUGCAAUGUAUAAUACAUCUCUAUGCUAUUUAAUGGGUGAAGGUUUGGUACAGUCUCACAGGCUAGCAAGAAAAUGGAUGAAACGAGCAGCCGAUCAUGGCCAUAGCAAAGCUCAGUUCGAACACGGGCUUGGUCUUUUUUCAGAAGGAGAUAUGAUGAAGGCUGUGGUGUACUUGGAGCUGGCAACUAGGGCUGGAGAAAGAGCUGCUGCUCAUGUUAAAAAUGUUAUACUUCAGCAAUUAUCGGCUACUUCUCGAGAUAGAGCUAUACUUUUAGCUGACACCUGGCGGGCUUUGCCUUCUUCCCGAUAAGUCUUGUUCCGACUAUUUGUUUGCUAGUUGCUCUGCCCUUUUCGCCCGUUUUUUUUUUUUUUUCUGGAUAAGUUAUUUAGCUUUGUCUGUGAAAUAAAGAUACUGGAAUAUAUACAUGUAUAAGUUUUACAGAAUAAAUUGUGAAUGUAAAUAUAGUGAUUUCACUUCCAUCGAAUCGUUUCGGAUGUGUUGGUAACAGCUUGCUUCUUGUAUUAUUUAGUAUUUACUCAGCAUCUAUUAUAUAGCAUUUUCCCGGA